GAGUAAAAUCGGGGGCAGCCAACCAACGGAAUCCUCGCCAGAAUGAGAAGUUGAUAGGCGCACGUUUCCGAUAUCUCCUGUUACCCUCUUGAUCGAUCGAUUGCUGUCCCCCUUCCUUCUUCAUUACGAGAUUACGAUUAAAGAUUACUUUGGUGGUUGCUUAGGUUACAUGUGGUAUUAUUAUUAUUAUUCAUCUUAUUUUUGAUUUUAGCUGUAAUGGUAGCUGCUGCUAGGAGUUUUUGAUUUCACUUAACGAACAAAGUAUGGCUUCCUGCUGCCUGCUUCGCCGCCGGAGACUCUCACCUUCUAUCUCCUCCUUGUUCAAUGAUUAUGCAGGUCCCUAUUGGUUAUCCGGGAGAUGCCAGCCUGCACGUUUAUCUUUCUUAUAUCAUUGCUCCAAGCAGUUUAGCAGUUUAAGUGAUGCUAGAAAGAUUGAUUUUACAGACCUAACUUCUCCCCAUACAUGGUAUCCCAAAGCUAGGAGAAAGAAGCGGAAUGUUAUUCUCCAUGUUGGUCCCACAAACAGUGGUAAAACGUAUCAUGCUCUGAAACAACUGGAACGUAGUUCUUCUGGGAUAUAUUGUGGGCCUUUAAGGCUUCUGGCCUGGGAGGUUGCAAAUAGGAUGAAUAAGGCAAAGGUUCCAUGCGAUCUGAUUACUGGUCAAGAAAAAGAUGUUGUAGAUGGAGCACAACACAAGGCUGCGACUGUAGAGAUGGCUGAUGUAAACACAGACUUUGACUGUGCUGUUAUCGAUGAAAUUCAGAUGAUAGGAUGCAAGACAAGGGGGUUUUCCUUUACACGUGCUUUGUUAGGGCUUACUGCAAAUGAACUUCACCUUUGUGGUGAUCCAGCUGUUGUUCCCCUGAUUCAGAAAAUACUUAAAGUUACCGGUGAUACUAUCACGAUUCAACACUAUGAGAGGCUUUCCCCUCUAGUUCCAUCAGAAGUACCUCUUGGAUCUUUCUCCAACAUACAAACUGGUGACUGCAUAGUUACAUUCUCUCGUGUUGAGAUAUACAAUAUAAAGAAAAAAAUUGAAAACAAAGGAAAUCAUUUGUGUUCUGUAGUUUAUGGUUCGCUGCCACCUGAGACUCGAACAAGACAGGCAACUAGGUUUAAUGAUGAAAGCAGUCAUUUUGAUGUUCUUGUAGCAAGUGAUGCAAUUGGGAUGGGACUCAAUCUAAACAUUUCCAGAAUUAUAUUUUCAACGUUAGAAAAGUUUGAUGGUAUAGAAAUCCGUCCGCUCACAGUCCCAGAGAUCAAACAGAUCGCAGGGAGAGCUGGGAGGUAUGGAUCCAAAUUUCCUGUUGGUGAAGUAACAUGCCUAAAUGCACACGAUUUGCCUUUACUACAUUCAUCACUGGAUUCACUUUCUCCUGUCUUAGAGCGUGCUGGAUUAUUUCCAUCCUUUGAUCUAUUGCAAAUGUAUUCCCGGGUGCAUCCACAGUACGGAAUUCGUCAGAUAUUGGAACACUUUGUAGAAAAUGCAAAGCUAUCUCCCAACUUUUUCAUUGCUGAUUGCGAGGAAAUGUUGAAAGUUGCUGUUGUAGUGGAUGAGUUGCCGCUUGGUUUGCAUGAUAAGUUUCUUUUUUGCCUUAGCCCUAGUGAUAUGAAUGAUGAGAUCUCAACACAGGGUCUGACUCAGUUUGCAGAAAAUUAUGCAAAUAAAGGAAUUGUUCGGUUGAAAGAAAUAUUUACACCUGGGACACUGAAAGUGCCAAAAACACAAAAUGCUCUUAAAGAGCUGGAAUCUAUCCACAAGGUACUGGAUCUCUAUGUAUGGCUGGGUUACCGGCUUGAAGAUUCAUUCCCUGAUCAUGAGUUGGCAUCUCAACAGAAGGCUCUCUGCAGCAUAUUGAUUGAGGAAUUCCUGGAAACAUAUGGAUGGCCAAAGCAGCAGCCGCCGCCAAGAGCAAGAGGAUUAAAUUCAUACAAGUUGCAUCAUUCUAGAUCUCCUCUUCUCUAGGCAUAACAACAACAUUUUCUUAACAUGUAAAAUGUAUCUUCUUUCUUUUUGUACAAAUAUAUGCCUCCCUUAAAAGUAUUAUUUAUUUUCCCAAAUGAACAUGAUUCAAUUACAAAUGUUUGAUAAUUUAUUUUAAUGUUAUAAAGGAAGAGUGAUUUUUAACA